UCGGCGCCGAGGCGGUCAGCACGCUCACUUCACUCAGCCAUGGCGGCCACAGGAGGAGGGAAAAUUAGAACAAGGAGAUAUCAUAUCGUUUCUAAACCUUAUGCCAAAGGCAAACAGCAGCCAGGUCUGAUCAGUCGAGUGACAGACACAGUGAAAAGCAUAGUCCCCUCCUGGCUACAAAAGUACUUUAAAAAUGGAGAGUUAACUGAGAGUGGGGAGGCCAGAGUAGAGGUGGAGCAGAACAACGUAGCCCCUCCUCCCAACGGCAGUGAAGAAACUGUCCCACUCCGAGAUGGGCGCAACUCGCCAGAGCCCAGCACCAGUAAUGCAGAACCCUCUACAAGCAGAGCAUCGCUGAACUUCCAGGAUGUUUUGUCGCGGCCCCCGCUCAACCGCUCCCACCUGCACUUCCCCUCCCAAGAUGGCUCACCUGCAUUAGGGGGCUCUAACUCCCUUUUCUCCCAACCUUCCACAUCCACGGCCCCCUUUCCGGCAAGCCCCUUUGCUGUAGCGUCCAGCUUUUCCCUGGUGAAGGAGAUCAAGGACUCCAGCUCUCAACAUGAGGAUGACAAUAUCUCCACCACCAGUGGCUUCUCAUCACGAGCAUCUGAUAAAGAUGUACCAACCUCAAAGACUGCACCACUACUCUGGUCCCCAGAGACAGAACGCACCCACUCUGGAUCGCAGCCAGCCCAGCACAGUCUCAAGAAGCCAGCCUUCAACCUGUCAGUCUUUGGUACUUCCUCAUCAUCGGCGAUGAACAGUUCAGUGCUGAAUUCCAGUCAGCUGGGGGACUCUCCUUUCUACCCAGGGAAGACAACUUAUGGAGGUGCUGCAGCUGCAAGAACAGCUCGUGCAAGGCCAGGCACCCCUUAUCAGGCUCCAGUAAGGAGACAGAUAAAGGCCAAGCCAGCAGGAGCUCAGCCCUGUGGAGUGACCAGUGCAACGGCCAGACGCAUCCUGCAGUCCCUGGAGCGCAUGUCUAGCCCUCUAGCUGAUGCCAAAAGAAUUCCUUCAACAGUUUCUUCUCCUUUGUCAACAUUGUUGAAUCACACAGAUCCAGAUGUUUCACCUUUUCAGUCUAAGAAGAAAAAGCUGGAGCCAGCCGUACCACCUGUGCAGAAGUUGGUAAUACCAGCUGCCGCAGCUGUGACUGGUAACCGCUCCAUGUCUUUCCGCCCAUCGCUCACUCCUGGAUCCGUGAGCAGAACAGUAGAAAAGAGCGUCAAAGAGACGCCUGUUAGAAGGUCCCCCAAGAUACCAGAUGCCGCAUCAGCUCCCCCACCAAGCACAAGCAGUUUGUCGUACCCAUUGUCCAGCACGCCAGCUACCAUCAGUACAGGUGGUGGAGGAGGAAAGAUGAAGAGGGAGAGGAGUGUUCGACCUUCAUCCAGAAAACCUGAUGAUGAGGUUGCUGAGGUGCCAGAAUUACCGGCUAUCUCUCUCCCCAUAAGCAACUUCACUCUGCCUACCUUCAGCUUCUCCUCCCCACCCCCUACCUCCACUCUCACCCCCAGCAGUAAACCAUUGACAUCUGUCCUUGAAGAACCUGCAGUCAGCAAGGAGGCAUCCCCGGGGUCCAUGGCCCCUGUUCUCCCUUUUGUUUUCUCCUCACCCAUCGUCAAGGCAACAGCUGCCAGUCCAACAUCUUUUUCUCCAUCUUCUGGAUUUACCUUCAGUGCACCCACUAUGAAAACUGCACCUUCUGCUUCAAAUGGGAAUCCUGUUACAACAGUAGCAGUAAAAGCAGCUGCAAGUGAAAGCAAGGAAGAGUUUGAAGGGCCCUUCAAACCUGCUAAGGCCUUGAAGCAGGGCAGUGUUCUUGAUAUCCUCAAAGGGCCAGGGUUUGCUUCACCUGCCCAGAGCUCCUCUGUCCCAGACAGAACCUUGCAUAGUGCCAGGGAGGGUGCAUCCUCGACUGCUUUCUCUGGGUUCAAACCUGCACCAGAAUCAUGGAACUGUGAUGCGUCUGUAGCGCAAAACAAAUCCUCAGACAAAGAGAGUGUGGCUUGCCUAGCCCCACAGCCCAACACAGAAUCCUCCUCCAAAUUGGACAGUAAACCUGCAAAAGCUCCUGCUGCUAGUCUUACUAGUUUGUUUGCACCUCCACCUGGAAGCUGGGAAUGUGACACUUGCUUGGUGCGGAACAAACCAGAAGUAGUUAAGUGUGUAGCAUGUGACACAGCGAAACCAGGGACAGGAGUAAAACCUACCCUGACUCUUCCUCCUGUCUCAGAAAUUUCCUCCACCAUCUGUGCUCCCUCCUCUUCUGCCACAACCACCACUUCCACCUCUACCACAUCUGGACCUCUUGGCUUUGGCGACAAGUUUAAAAAGCCAGAGGGGGCAUGGGAUUGUGAUGUCUGCAUGGUUCAGAAUAAAGCACAGGACAUUAAGUGUGUAGCUUGUCAGAAUGCUAAACCAGGAACCGCAGCUGUGGCUCCUUCAUCCCUGGCUCCUGCACCAAAAACAGCAAGUUCUGCACCCCUAUUAGGAUUUGGGGACAAGUUUAAGAAGCCUGAGGGCAGCUGGGAGUGUGACGUCUGCAGUGUUCAGAACAAGGCUGAGGACCAGCAAUGUGUGGCCUGCCAGUCAGCUAAACCUGGCGCAAAAGUAGAAUCCAAAGGUUUUGGGUCGUCUUUUGGCACUCAGUCAUCUAGCACAGAGUCAGCCUCAUCUAGUUUCAAAUUUGGUACAAGUUCUUCAAAUACAACCUCUAGUGGACUGAAAUUUGGUGGCACUUUUUCAAACUCCUCCAACUCUGUGGGCUUUCAAAUGGGUAAUGACUCCUCAGACUCCACCACGAGCUCUGCAAGCUUCAAAUUUGGAGCCUCAUCCUCAGACACUUCUGGAGGUUUCAAAUUUGGUGGAUCCUUAACAGAACCUGCCUCCACAGGCAUGGGUUCUUCAGGGGGAUUUAAAUUUGGUGGGUCCUCUGAUGGCUUCAAAUUUGGAACAGCCUCUGCACCUGUAUCAACAAGUGAGGAGAAAAAGAGUGAAUCACAGAAUUCCAGCAUUGGUUUUAAAUUUGGUGGAAGCAGUGGUGUCGCUAUUGGCUCUGGAGCUGCUAGCACAUCUACAACAACUGUGUCUGGGGGCUUUUCAUUUGGGUUGUCAAAACCGGAGGAGAAGGCAGCAUCCAAUUCAACAUUCAAUUUUUCAGCACCCAAAGUCAAAGGUGAUAAAGAUGAUGCUCCUUCUUCAAUAGAAGCAGUUUCAGCUGCCUCCACAACCUCCACAGCAGUUGCCAACACCAUCCCUGUAUUUGGCAAGCCGCCAGCGGCUGAACCUUCAAAAGCAGCACCAUCGUUUGGUGAAGCAGCUGCAAAGGAGCCAGCUUUGGCAACCCCUGCUUUUACAUUUGGCAAGCCAGAGGAGAAGAAAGAUACCUCAACGCCCUCAACUGGAUUUGUGUUCAGUGCCGCCAAGGAGGCUGACAAACCAGCACCAUCCUUGGGCUUUUCUUUUAGCAAGCCAGAGCCUCCAAAAGAACUCCCUAAAUCUACAUUUACCUUUGGAAAACCUGCUGAGUCCACAGAAACCCCAAAGCCAGCAUUUGGCUUUGGGCACAAUGCAACAGAUACUGCUGCACCAAAGCCUGCGUUUGGCUUCAUGGCCAAUUCGUCCAGCACACCUGCCUCCUCCAGCCCUGCCCCAAGCCUCUUUGGAACUCAGAGUAGCUCAACCCCAGCCCCAGCCCCCACCCCUGCUCCAACCAGCACCUUUAUCUUUGGGCAGAGCUCUUCCUCUGAUGCUCCUCCUGCCAAGACCUUGCUGUUUGGACAGCAACAAGACAGCCAGCCAGCUUCUGCAGCCCUUCCUGCUGCCCCUGCUCCAGCGCAGCCCUUCCUCUUUGGCCAGGCAACCAACUCAGCCACCUUCUCUUUCGGAGCCGCAGCAGCCACUACACCCGCAUCUGCAGCUCCUGCACCCUCAGCUGCCCCCUCUCCAUUUGUGUUUACCUCUGCCACUUCCUCCUCUGGCUUUGGCUUUGGACAGACACCUGCCUUUGGACAAGGCUCGUCCCAGACCAGCGCUCCAGCGUUCGGAUCAGCUGCACCCUCCUUCUCAGCAACAGCCUCACCAGCUCCUGCCUUUGGAGCCAAACCCAGUGCUGCUCCUGCGUUUGGCCAACAGCCUAACUCGACCCCUGUUUUUGGAUCCUCUUCUGCCUCUUCUGGCCAAGGAGGUUUCCAGUUUGGAGGAGCCAGUGCUUUUGGGACAUCUGCUAGAAACAGUAGUGAGUUUUCUUUUGGAGGGUCAGGAACCGCAGCCAGUUCUGCGCCGUCAAUGUCUACCCAGCCUGUCGCACCUGGAGGAGGCUUCAACUUCACACAGGCCCCAGCCUUUAAUAUUGGGGCAACAAAAAAUGCUUUCAGCCCAACACCCACUGGACAGCACGGCAUUGCUGGCCGCAAGAUCAAAACCGCCGUCCGACGUAGAAAGUAAAGCUGGAAUUGGCGUGGGGCUGCCUCAUUUCUGAACAAACACUGAAGUACUUAGUAUUUUGAGCACGGCACUCUGAUGGCUCCUUGUGCCAAGAGAUUUGAUUUGCAGUUGAGGAUCGAUGGUAGACUGUGGAGCCCUGGUCCAUUGACAGAAUCUAACCAAGACUCAAAAAUGCAAAAUAAUACAAUCAAGCAAAAACCUUACCAUAAACAGGAAAGGUGUGUAUGUGUACAUAUAUAUAUUUUCAACAUCUGCAUUGUUGGCAGGAUUUGCGCAUGACUUUUUGUAUGGAAAAAAACAUGCAAAAACAAAUUUAGGGAAUUGACAAAGUAGGUUUUGCUUGGGUGAUCAGGUUAAACUGCGAAUGCAGAGAUGUGGACUAGUUGUACGUACAGAGGCGAGUGUUUCUAUGAACGUUUGGGUGUUGUGUUUUUCUUUUUCUUUUUUUUUUCUUUUUGUCCGCAGAUUGAUGUGUGUAUGUGGUUUCUUUGUACAUGCUGAACUGUGCUGGUUGAUGUCUGAUGUGAGAGGCAAAUGAAUGUGUUUAAGGAAAGGGCAGGGUGGUGUGGGCCGCACCCAUGCACUGUGGAGAAUGGUGGGUGAAACAGAAAGUAGCCCCGGAACUCUUCUCCAGAGGUCCUCUGUAAAUCUCUAGUUCAUUCAUCGUGUUCAUUCAUCUUGUAUUCCUUUUCAGUCCACCUUCUCCCCUCCUUUAUUCUGACUUCCUUUCCCUCUUAUAUUCUUGUUCUGCCAUCUCUGUUCUUUAUCCUCUCCAUCUCACUCUCUCUCCCUCCCUCUCUUCCUGUUUCUCUUUCACUCCCUUUCAAUUGGCCUUUGAAUAUUAUUAAAAUUGUAAAUAGUAACUUUUUUUAAUCUGUGAAGUUUUUGUGUGUUAAACCAACUUUUUUCGUUCAGAAUUUUUGUCUUUUAGAAUUUAUUAUGUAAAGCCCUUAAUUCAAAGUUGCCCAAAUCCAUUUAAAAAUAACCUUAAAUGCAAAUUGAAGAUCCUUUUGAAGACUAAAGGUAUAUUGGCAUUUCUGAUCCACUUUUGUUUGGACCAAAAGCAGUGUUGUAAAAAGUGUUAAGUAUAUAUUUUUCUAUUGCUUGUUUAAAUGGACUAGGGUGACUUUGGAUAGUAAGGACAUCUACUUAAUUUUAAAGCCAUGAUAAUUAUUACUGGACGAGUGAUAAAUAAAACCAUGGGUAAUUGCCAUCAAUAAAAUUAUGAAAUAGA